UUUCUUCUACGCAGUUCAAUUAUAAUUAAACAAAAGCUGAGGCACAAUGGACUAAUUUGAAUGUAAAAAAUUGAUGCAGCGUGUAAAAAAAAUCAAUAAAUGUGUUAAAUUUGUAAACAGUGCCAGGCCCAGUUAACUGACAAGCCCCUUCCCCCACCCCAAGCAGCUAAUGUGAAAUGAAAUAUAGUGGGACUGGAGAAAACAAUUAGCGCUACUGAAACGAAUCCGCAAUCCAACAUCAUCUUCAAAACUUUUUGUACCGCAAAUCAGCGACCGUUACGCCUUGCAAAUGUUAUUAAACCGAUUUAUUCCGGCGCUAGUACUCGUGCUGGGCCGGUUGUCGGCUUCGGUGGCAGGUGGAGCUGGCCAGCCCGAGUUUGCAGUCGCCCCUGAAGCCAACGUCGAUGUCACGCAUCGUCUGGCAAAGCGAAUGGAUCUGGAGUCUUGCAUAGGCCACUUCGAUGUCCACAAGAACACAAUUAUACGGACGGGCGAGUCCCAAGCAAUUGGUGGCAAGUAUCUGCAAGGCCUCGAGCUGGACACCAUCGAGGAGUGCGAGCGUCUCUGCUGCGAGACGGACUCCUGUGAUGUCUACAUUUUCGAACGCAAGGCGGGCGGCUAUUGUUAUCUCUUCGAGUGUGGACCACCGGAGAAUUUUCACUGCAAGUUUACGAGGCAUGCCAAUUAUACGAGUGCAGUGCUGACGCCACAGGUGCGCCACGCCCCCGAACCGGCGAGCACCCCGCGGCCCCAACUGCCACACAUACCCAGCAACAACAUAUCACAGCAGGAGUGGGAGCUCACAAAUUUGAAACUGAAACCGGAAGUGCGCGACAAGUCCGCUCCACCUGACAAUGCAGCGGUCCUAACCGCUUCGGUGGUGGCAGCAUCGACGGGGGCGGCGGCGUCAACCAACCAGUUGGUAGGUCUGGGAGCGCCACACCCAGAUCCGGUGGCCCAAAGCGCGCCAUUAGCGCCACAUUGUGGACGGUUUCAGUUCAGCUGCCACUCGGGGGAAUGCAUUGCCGUUUAUAAUGCCUGCGAUGGCAUUCCACAAUGCGAAGAUGGCAGCGAUGAGGGACCGGAAUGCAAUGCUAUUGCAUCGAAUCCAACCAAAGGCAGCAGCAACGGCAACAAUAACAACAACAAUGUUGCAGCAUCGAAGCCAAUUAAUGCUGCACAGUAUCAGUCACAAUCCGUCGCAAGCAUGCAACAACAGUUGCAGGCCGCACAGCCGCAGCAACAACAGCAACAAUUACCAAUCAUAGUCGCUCAUUCCAUUGCGCCCGGCCCCCCACCGCCGCCUCCACCGCCACCUCCCGUCGUCAAUAACAGAGAAGAUGCUGCCGCCUGGGCGAACCGAAAACUUAUUACCGACGCCCAACAGCAACAACAACAACAGCCACCACAAAUGCAGGCGCAGGGGGAAAUAUUGAACGCAGAUGAACUGAACAGUCACAUAUUCAAUCACAAGGGCGGCCUUCAGCUGCAACUGGCGAACGCUCAGGGCCAGGGACAGGGCCAGGGACAGGGCCAGGAACAAUUGGCGGGCUAUGUGGCAGUCGCUAAUGGCAACAACAACAACAACAAUGCGCAGCUUGGAAGUGGCGCUUUGUAUGGCAUGUCGCUGCCACACACGGCCCUCUACUUAACGCCAUCGCAACAACAACAGCAGCAGCAACAACAACAAUUGCAAUCUGUAAUGCCACAAGGCAUGGCCUGGCCACAAGCCGCCCAACCACAACCACAAAUGUUGCCACCAGAACAUCAACAGCAGCCACUUCUGCAGCAACAACAACAACAACGUACCGCCUACACUUUGGCGAAUGGAGUUGGGACAUCGCAUCAACUGCUGCCCGCCAAGCCGAUGACUGCAAAUGCACCAGAGUUGCCACCACAACCGCGACCGCUGCAACCACAUUCGCAACAACAAGUGUUGCUGCCAGUGCUGAAUGCGGCGCCAACUCACGAUAAGACGCAGUCAGUCGAUGAAGACGAGUACGAGGACUAUGAGGAGGAAAAGUCCACGGAGCCGCCCAAGAAGAAGAAACAGCGCAAGCACAAAAAGGCCAAAGCCAAGAACCCUCCCACUAACACAGACUCCAAGGAUCCCAUAGAACUGGCUUUGGAGCAGACAAAGCAGAAAGCGCCACCAACUCUGCCGCUGGCCGCCUCGCCGGUGCACGAGCAAUACAAGAUGAUACACGAGAAUCUGGCGUUGGAGUUUCGAGAUCACGACGGCCACUCAGAGCGUCCUGGAGGCGCCGUUCUAUCCCUGACCAUGGGACUUCUUAUCACAGCCGCCUUGGCGAUACUGAUUGGCUGUCGAAUGCGCACAGUGGGUCGACGGACACGCCGUAUGGGCGGAAAGACGCCCUAUUCACAGGAAGCCGAUUUUCUAGUCAAUGGCAUGUAUCUGUAGAGCCAGAGAAGGCCAAAUGCUGGGCGGGCGGGUCAGAUGCUGAGCUGGGGAGCUCAGCUAGUGCUAUAUAGUUUAAUUUGAAAUCAUGUUCUUUAAAUUGUUCGAUUUUUUGUCAUACCUAUCUGUGCGUCCUGUAUGCUAUUUGUGGGGGUGUGCCAUUUGUGUUUGCUAGGAAUAGGAUCAAUAUUGCUUAUCUGUCAUACAAAUAUACAUAUAUAUGUAUAAUUACAUAUUAUUAUGUAGUUUAAAGUAAUGAAUAUUUAACAUAUUUUAUAUAAACAAAUAUAUACAUAAAUCAAUAAAUACCAUUAAAAAAUAUA